GCUAUCAAGUACUAGCUCCCACUGCCUAUUACGAUCAGACUGGUGCCUUAGUAGUAGGCCCUGGAGCAAGAACUGGCCUUGGAGCACCAGUCAGAUUGGUGGCCUCAACUCCUGUUAUAAUCAGUUCUGCAGCAGCACAAGCAGCUGCAGCUGCUUCAGCUGGAGGAACAGCAAACAAUCUCGCGGGAGCCACGAACGGUCUAUUUCGGCCACUUGGUGCCCAGCCACAGCAACAGCAACAGCAAACAAAUAGUAGCCUACAGUCCAAUUCAUUUUAUGGCAGUAACUCUUUGACCAAUAACUCCCAGAGCAGUUCCCUUUUUUCACAUGGUCCUGGCCAACCAGGAAGCACAUCUCUUGGCUUUGGAAGUAGCAGCUCUUUAGGAGCAGCUAUCGGCUCUGCACUUGGUGGAUUUGGCUCAUCAGUUGGCAGUUCUGCAAGUAGUAGUGCCACAAGGAGAGAUUCUCUAUCUACUAGCUCUGACUUGUACAAAAGAUCUAGUAGCAGCCUAGCACCCAUAGGGCAGCCAUUUUACAAUAGUCUGGGAUUUUCCUCCUCUCCAAGUCCAAUAGGCAUGCCUCUGCCAAGCCAAACGCCAGGACAUUCACUUACGCCACCGCCAUCACUUUCAUCACAUGGAUCCUCAUCCAGUUUGCAUUUAGGAGGACUGACAAAUGGUAGUGGUCGCUAUAUUUCUGCAGCACCUGGAGCCGAAGCAAAGUAUCGCAGUGCGGCAAGUACCUCCAGUCUUUUUAGCUCCACCAGUCAGCUCUUCCCUCCUUCACGCCUUCGUUACAGUAGGUCUGACAUUAUGCCUUCUGGACGUAGUCGGUUGCUGGAAGAUUUCAGAAACAAUCGUUUCCCUAAUCUUCAACUAAGAGACCUUGUUGGACAUAUUGUUGAAUUUUCCCAGGACCAGCAUGGUUCUAGAUUUAUACAGCAAAAGCUGGAGCGAGCUACUCCAGCUGAGCGCCAGAUGGUAUUUAAUGAGAUCCUGCAAGCAGCAUAUCAAUUGAUGACUGAUGUGUUUGGAAACUAUGUAAUACAGAAGUUCUUUGAGUUUGGAAGCCUGGAUCAAAAGUUAGCCCUAGCAACACGCAUACGUGGUCAUGUUCUGCCGUUAGCCCUGCAGAUGUAUGGUUGUCGUGUGAUUCAGAAAGCACUUGAGUCAAUCUCACCUGACCAGCAGAAUGAAAUGGUGAAAGAGUUGGAUGGCCAUGUUCUGAAGUGUGUGAAAGAUCAAAAUGGAAACCAUGUUGUACAAAAAUGUAUCGAGUGUGUUCAACCCCAGUCGCUCCAGUUCAUCAUUGACGCGUUCAAAGGACAGGUGUUUGUACUUUCAACUCAUCCAUAUGGGUGCAGAGUAAUUCAGCGUAUUCUGGAACACUGCACUGCUGAGCAGACUUUGCCAAUCUUGGAAGAACUGCAUCAACACACAGAACAGCUAGUGCAGGAUCAAUACGGAAAUUAUGUUAUUCAACAUGUACUGGAGCACGGUCGUCCUGAAGACAAGAGUAAAAUAGUUUCAGAAAUAAGAGGAAAAGUUCUAGCUCUGAGUCAGCACAAAUUUGCCAGCAAUGUGGUAGAAAAAUGCGUAACUCAUGCUUCUCGUGCUGAAAGAGCUUUACUUAUUGAUGAGGUCUGUUGCCAGAAUGAUGGUCCUCACAGUGCCUUAUACACCAUGAUGAAGGACCAGUACGCCAACUACGUUGUUCAGAAGAUGAUUGAUAUGGCUGAACCCGCUCAGCGGAAGAUAAUAAUGCACAAGAUUCGACCCCACAUCACAACUCUGCGUAAAUACACCUACGGCAAACACAUUCUGGCCAAGCUGGAAAAGUAUUACCUGAAGAACAGCGCUGAUCUGGGGCCGAUCGGUGGACCACCAAAUGGGAUGCUGUAAAAGGCAGGCAGAAGUGGGAGGAAGAUGGAAUUGUGAAUGAUCAAAACAUACAACUUAACUAUAAAUGUUCUGAUUUUUUUAAAUCUAUUUAUUGACUUUGUUCAUCCAUUUGUAAAAUUUUUAUUCUUGUGUAUAUUUUUGGGGAGUGAAUUAU